CUGUCCCAAUGAAUCUGCCUCGCCGUCUCCUCAAACUGAAACUCCAACACAACAACAUCAAUCACAUCCCUGCCUUCUCGUUCCGUCACCUGCGGCCGGGCCUACAGUCCCUCCAUCUAUCACACAAUGCCUUGAGCAAUGAGGGUAUGGAACGAGUCUCUUUUGCUGGAACGUUCCGCUCAAUGGGUGAGCUCCUUUUGGACAACAAUCGUCUGGAGGAGGUCCCUCGCUGUGUUCGUCAGUUUAAGAACCUGCAGGUGCUGCGACUGGACAACAACCAGAUCAGGCUGGUGAGGAAGUGGGGAGUGUGCCACCCUCGUAAUUCUGGCUUCACCUUGGCUUCAGUCCACUUGGAGAAUAAUCUGCUAGAGUUGGAGAGGAUUCCCCCAAAUGCCUUCUCCUGUCUCACUGAUGCUCAGGGACUGGUCCUCUAUCCACAGCAGGGACACUCAUAAGACCAGUAGGUCGCACAGUGGGACAAACAUACACAGAGAGAUACAUACCCAUAAUAUGCAUCAUCAUGACAUACAGCUACCCAAUUGUUUCUGGGGGUUUUCUGUAUCCUCCAUUUGUCUCCUCUGCUUGCCUCAUUCAUGCAUCAAACCCAUUAGGCAGGGUUUACAGGAAAAUAGCUUUAUCAUGUAGUUUGCUGUGUCAGUCAGUGUUAUAAUUUUAUCAUUGUCAAACCCAUCUUUUUCUUUUUUCUUUUUCUUUUGUCUUUGAUUAGGAAAAUGACUGUUAUGAUUUUGUAUGUAUUAAAGCAAAUGUGUAAUUUACACGGUAAUGGAAGUGGUCAUUAUAUGAAGUGCUCUUGGAAGUGUAAAUAGAUAAACAUUGCAGUGAAAUCCAGAUCCACUCUAAACAAUGGUUGUAAACUGGCUUUUCAUUAAAGUACAAGGUAUUAAAGUGAUGCUUUUGAGAAAACGAA